AUGAAGAGGUCUCCUCCCGGCCCUGUCUGGGUCGGAGCAAUUGGUUUGAUCCUCUGCCUGACACAGAGUGUGCUCGCCACGGUCCUCAGAAACUCCUCACGGCUCGAGUCAAUCCUGGAUAAGUACAAGGACAAAGACGAGGGGUGGUGGAAGGCCAGGUCCAGAGGCAAGAGGGCCAUCAGCGAGGGAGACAAGCACCUCAUCCUCGACCUGCACAACAAGCUGCGGGGUCAGGUCCACCCUCCGGCCUCCAACAUGGAGUAUAUGGUAUGGGAUUAUGAGUUAGAGCGGAGUGCAGAACACUGGGCACAUACUUGCCGAUGGGAGCAUGGACCAAGCCACAUGUUGACACAAAUAGGACAGAACCUUGGAACGCACUGGGGCAGGGACAGACCACCUACCUACCAUGUCCAGGCCUGGUACGAUGAGGUGAGGUACUACAGCUAUCCAUACUCCCAGGAGUGUAAUCCACAUUGUCCAUUCAGAUGUUCAGGACCUGUUUGUACUCACUACACUCAGUUGGUGUGGGCAACUAGUAGUCGUAUUGGCUGUGCUAUCAACGUGUGUUACAACAUGAACGUCUGGGGAAUGAUCUGGGCCAAAGCUGUCUAUCUGGUCUGCAACUAUUCUCCACCAGGAAACUGGUGGGGUCAUGCUCCAUACAAAUAUGGUGCACCUUGUUCUGCCUGUCCAGCCAGCUAUGCAGGUGGCUGCAGAAACAACCUGUGUUAUAAAGAGGGUGGUGUUGACAGGCACCCAGCUCCUGAGAUCGAGGAAACCAACUACAUAGAGCCACAACCAGAAGCAGUGAGAGACAGAGAGUCUCAACCAAGGGACCGAACACCAAAUCCAUCACCUAACGACAACAUUGAGAGGAACCAGGUUGUCAGCACAGAACAGAUGUCCCAACAGGUUGAAUGUGAGACCAAGCUGAGGGACCAGUGCAAGGGGACAACCUGUAACAGAUAUGAAUGUCCACCUGGUUGUCUGGAGAGGCCUGGAAAAGUAGUUGGGACAGAGUACUAUGAUAUGCAAUCCAGUGUGUGUGGAGUUGCACUGCACACUGGAGUCAUUGACAAUGAUGGAGGAUGGCUGGAUGUAACCAGACUGGGCAGAAAACAAUAUUUUACCAAAUUAUACAAGAAUGGUAUUCAGUCCAUUGGGAAAAAUAGAAGUGCAAAUUCCUUCAAAGUAGAUUCGGUGUCCGUUAAGGCAGUCAGAUGUGAUACUACAGUGGCAGUUUUUUGUCCAUUCAAGAAACCUAUUCGGCACUGUCCCAGGUUGUAUUGUCCCAGGAGCUGUUUACAUGACAAUCAAGCCCGAGUCUUUGGGACAAAAUAUUACUCAGAUAAAUCCAGUAUCUGUAAAGCUGCCAUUCAUGCAGGAGUGAUCCAGAACGAGUCCGGAGGUUACCUCGAUGUGAUGCCGCUGGACAAACGGCAGCAGUACAGUGGCAGUUUUCAGAAUGGCAUCUCCUCAGAAAGCAUAUCAAAUCCCACAGGAGGAAAAGCCUUCAGAGUCUUCGCAGUCAUCUGA